AAAGUACUGAAUGCCAGUGUCAUCCCUGAGGGCCAGUUCAUGGACAACAAGAAGGCUUCUGAGAAGCUGCUUGGGUCCAUUGAUGUGAAUCACGAGGAUUACAAGUUUGGACACACCAAGGUGUUCUUCAAAGCCGGUCUGCUGGGUGUCCUGGAGGAGAUGAGAGAUGAGAAGCUGGCCACUCUGGUCGGCAUGGUCCAGGCUCUCAGCCGUGGAUUCCUCAUGAGGAGAGAGUUUAGCAAGAUGAUGGAGAGGAGAGAAUCAGUUUACGCCAUCCAGUACAACAUCCGCUCAUUCAUGAAUGUCAAAACCUGGCCAUGGAUGAAGUUGUACUUCAAGAUCAAGCCCCUGCUGCAGAGCGCUGAGACUGAGAAGGAGCUGGCCAACAUGAAAGAGAACUAUGACAAGAUGACGACAGACCUGGCCAAGGCUCUGGCCACAAAGAAGCAAAUGGAGGAGAAGUUGGUGGCCCUGACGCAGGAGAAGAACGACCUGGCACUCCAAAUAGCAUCUGAAGGAGAGAGUCUGAACGAUGCUGAGGAAAGGUGUGAGGGGCUCAUCAAGAGCAAGAUCCAGCUGGAGGCCAAACUCAAAGAGACGACCGAGAGGCUGGAGGAUGAGGAGGAGAUCAAUGCUGAGUUGACUGCCAAGAAGAGGAAGCUGGAGGAUGAGUGCUCUGAGCUGAAGAAGGACAUUGAUGACCUGGAGCUCACCCUGGCCAAAGUGGAGAAGGAGAAGCACGCCACUGAAAACAAGGUUAAAAACCUGACAGAGGAGAUGGCGUCUAUGGAUGAGAGUGUUGCCAAGCUGACCAAGGAGAAGAAAGCCCUCCAAGAGGCCCACCAGCAGACACUGGAUGACCUGCAGGCAGAGGAGGACAAAGUCAACACUCUGACCAAGGCAAAGACCAAGCUGGAACAGCAAGUGGACGACCUUGAGGGUUCUCUGGAGCAAGAGAAGAAGCUCCGUAUGGACCUUGAAAGAUCCAAGAGAAAGCUGGAGGGAGAUCUGAAACUGGCCCAGGAGUCCAUAAUGGACCUGGAGAAUGACAAGCAGCAAGCUGAUGAGAAAAUCAAGAAGAAGGAGUUUGAGACCACCCAGCUCCUCAGCAAGGUUGAGGAUGAGCAGUCUCUGGGAGCUCAGCUGCAGAAGAAGAUCAAGGAACUCCAGGCCCGUAUUGAGGAGCUGGAGGAGGAAAUUGAGGCUGAGCGUGCUGCCAGGGCUAAGGUUGAGAAGCAGAGGGCCGAUCUCUCCAGGGAACUUGAGGAGAUCAGCGAGAGGCUGGAGGAGGCCGGAGGCGCCACUGCUGCUCAGAUUGAGAUGAACAAGAAGCGUGAGGCUGAGUUCCAGAAGCUGCGUCGUGAUCUUGAAGAGUCCACCCUGCAGCAUGAGGCCACAGCCGCCGCUCUGCGCAAGAAGCAGGCCGAUAGUGUGGCUGAGCUCGGGGAGCAGAUCGACAACCUGCAGCGCGUCAAGCAGAAGCUGGAGAAGGAAAAGAGUGAGUACAAGAUGGAGAUUGAUGAUCUCUCUAGCAACAUGGAGGCCGUCGCCAAGGCUAAGGGCAAUCUGGAGAAGAUGUGCCGUACUCUUGAGGACCAGCUGAGUGAGCUCAAGACUAAGAAUGAUGAGAAUGUUCGCCAGGUCAAUGACAUCAGCGGACAGAGAGCCAGACUCCUGACAGAAAAUGGUGAGUUUGGUCGCCAGCUGGAGGAGAAGGAAGCUCUGGUGUCUCAACUGACCAGAGGAAAACAGGCCUUCACCCAGCAGGUGGAGGAGCUGAAGAGGGCGAUUGAGGAGGAGGUCAAGGCUAAAAACGCACUGGCCCACGGUGUUCAGUCUGCCCGCCAUGACUGUGACCUCCUGAGGGAGCAGUUUGAGGAGGAGCAGGAGGCCAAGGCAGAGCUGCAACGCGGCAUGUCCAAGGCCAAUAGUGAGGUGGCUCAGUGGAGGACUAAGUAUGAAACUGAUGCCAUCCAGCGCACAGAGGAGCUGGAAGAGGCCAAGAAGAAGCUGGCCCAGCGUCUGCAGGAGGCCGAGGAGACCAUUGAGGCGACCAACUCCAAGUGCGCCUCCCUGGAGAAGACCAAGCAGAGGCUGCAGGGAGAGGUGGAGGACCUCAUGAUUGAUGUUGAGAGAGCCAACGCAAUGGCCGCCAACCUCGACAAGAAGCAGAGGAACUUUGACAAGGUUCUGGCAGAGUGGAAGCAGAAGUAUGAGGAGGGCCAGGCUGAGCUGGAAGGAGCUCAGAAGGAGGCUCGCUCUAUGAGCACUGAACUCUUCAAGAUGAAGAACUCCUACGAGGAGGCUCUGGAUCAUCUGGAGACUCUGAAGAGAGAGAACAAGAACCUGCAACAGGAGAUCUCUGACCUGACUGAGCAGAUUGGAGAGACUGGCAAGAGCAUCCAUGAGCUGGAGAAGGCCAAGAAGACAGUGGAGACAGAGAAGUCUGAGAUCCAGACCGCUCUGGAGGAGGCUGAGGGAACACUGGAGCACGAGGAAUCCAAGAUUCUGCGUGUGCAGCUGGAGCUGAACCAGAUCAAGGGUGAGGUGGACAGGAAGAUCGCUGAGAAGGACGAGGAGAUGGAGCAGAUCAAGAGGAACAGCCAGAGGGUGGUUGACUCCAUGCAGAGCACCCUGGACUCUGAGGUCAGGAGCAGGAAUGAUGCCCUGAGGGUGAAGAAGAAGAUGGAGGGAGACCUGAAUGAGAUGGAGAUCCAGCUGAGCCACUCCAACAGGCAGGCCGCUGAGGCCCAGAAACAGCUGAGGAAUGUCCAGGGACAGCUCAAGGAUGCCCAAUUGCACCUUGAUGAUGCCGUCCGUGUCGCAGAAGACAUGAAGGAGCAGGCAGCCAUGGUGGAGCGCAGAAACGGUCUGAUGGUGGCUGAAAUCGAGGAGCUGAGAGUUGCUCUGGAGCAGACAGAGAGAGGCCGCAAAGUGGCUGAGACUGAGCUGGUAGACGCCAGCGAGCGUGUUGGACUGCUGCACUCCCAGAACACCAGCCUUCUGAACACCAAGAAGAAGCUGGAGACUGACCUGGUGCAGGUGCAGGGAGAGGUGGACGACAUCGUCCAGGAGGCCAGGAAUGCAGAGGAGAAGGCCAAGAAGGCAAUCACUGACGCGGCCAUGAUGGCUGAGGAGCUGAAGAAGGAGCAGGACACCAGUUCUCACCUGGAGAGGAUGAAGAAGAACCUGGAGGUCACAGUCAAGGACCUGCAGCACCGCCUGGAUGAGGCUGAGAAUCUGGCCAUGAAGGGAGGCAAGAAGCAGCUCCAGAAACUGGAGUCCAGGGUGCGUGAGCUCGAGACUGAGGUGGAGGCAGAGCAGAGAAGAGGUGUAGACGCAGUAAAGGGAGUCCGCAAGUAUGAGCGCAGAGUCAAGGAGCUCACUUACCAGACUGAGGAGGAUAAGAAGAACGUUAACAGACUUCAGGACCUGGUAGAUAAGCUGCAGAUGAAAGUGAAGGCCUACAAGAGGCAUUCUGAGGAAGCAGAGGAAGCAGCCAAUAGCCAUAUGUCUAAGUUCAGGAAGGUUCAACAUGAGCUGGAGGAGGCUGAGGAGCGUGCUGACAUCGCUGAGACUCAGGUCAACAAGCUCAGAGCCAAGACCCGUGACUCUGGAAAGGGAAAAGAAGCUGCUGAAUAAACAAGACCAAAGUAUUGAAGAUCAAAGUCUUACCAUUUUCCUGUGUUUCAUAAAAUAUGAUUUUCAUGGUGAAAUGUUGAGCGUUGAUUAAAAACAUGUAGAUCUACAUACA